AGAUAUUUCGAAACACGCACCCAAAACAAACAUACUCUUCUUCUCAAUUAAGAAAUAUUCUACAAACUUCAUAUUAUGGGUAGUAGUAUAGAUGCUGAAACACAAGAAGUUGGCAUCAAAGAUCAAGCUCAAAUAUGGGAUAUAAUCUAUGGUUAUGCUGAUUCUCUUGUUCUUCGUUGCACAGUAGAGAUUGGAAUCGCAGAUAUUAUCAAAAACAAUAAUGGGUCAAUCACACUUUCAGAGCUUGUAUCGAAACUACCACUUUCAAAUGUGAAUUCUGAUAAUUUGUACAGAAUUCUAAGAUACUUAGUACACCUGAAUAUCUUAGGACAACAAACAUGUGCUGCUGGAGGUGAUAGGGUUUACUCACUUAAACCAGUUGGUACUUUAUUAUUAAAAGAUUCAGAAACAAGUAUGGUACCAGUAAUAUUAGGUCUGUCACAAAAAGAUUUCUUGUUUGUAUGGAAUUUCGUGAAAGAAGGUCUAGGCACUGGAAGUACAACAGCAUUUGAGAAAGCAACGGGAAUGGAUAUGUGGAAGUAUUUAGAAGUUACUCCUGAUCAAAGUAAGUUGUUUGAUGAAGGACAAGCUGGAGAAACAAGACUUUUAACUAAAACUCUACUUGAAGAUUGUAGAGAUACUUUUCAAGGUAUGGAUUCGCUUGUUGAUGUUGGUGGAGGAAACGGUACGACAAUUAAGGCAAUCCAUGAAGCUUUUCCUCAUAUUAAAUGUACGCUUUAUGAUCUUCCUCAUGUUAUUGCAAACUCUGAUGAUCACCCUAACAUCCGAAAAGUUCCCGGUGAUAUGUUCAUGUCUGUUCCAAGUGCUCAAGUUCUCUUACUCAAGUGCGUCUUGCAUGACUGGACUGAUGAACACUGCGUCAACAUUCUAAAGAAGUGCAAAGAAGCAAUACCAAAAGAGACAGGGAAAGUGAUCAUAGUGGAUGUCGCACUUGAAGAAGAAUCCGAACAUGAACUUACAAAGGCAAGAUUGAUUCUCGAUAUUGAUAUGUUGGUGAAUACAGGUGGUAGAGAGAGAACUGAAGAUGAUUGGGAAGAUUUGCUCAAACGUGCAGGCUUUCGGUCUCAUAAGAUCAGACCGAUUCGCGCUAUUCAGUCUGUCAUUGAAGCUUUCCCAUAGUAAAAUCUCUAAGGAGUACUUUGCUCUUAUGAACAAUAAGUCAUCUUCACUUGAGGAGAUGUUUCCCUAUUUAGUUCGUUUGUUUCUUUUCGCUUGUGAUAAGCAUGUUAAUUUCCCUAUUUCCUGUUUUUGUUUCUUUUCCCUCGUGAUAAGCUCCGGUGCGUGCUGUUUUUCUUUCUCCGGUUAUAUUAGACCGUUGUUUCUGUUGUUCAUUUGUAUUCUGCUCUUAUUGUAAUUGGAUACUGUAUUCUCCUGUGCACAGCGUGGAACACCCUAAAAACGGCCCACUAAAUGUUGUACAAGCUUGUUUUUUGGGUGUGAAAAUGAAUCAAUUCAGCAAAUACUAUAGGAACAAAGAAAAGAGUUUUAA